GGAGAAGUGGAAGCGUCGCCGCCCUUCCACCGCUGCUGACCAGCUCGACUCAUACAUAUUACCCUGAGAGGUGGACCGGCUCGGCGGCAGUCGCAUCAAAGUCGUCAUUUGGGAGCUCAGCAAUCCACAUCCUGCGUCCGAGGAAGCCGCAGGUCCUCACCCAGAGUGACAUCAAGUGUGUUUGGCAAAUUUCAGCCAGACGCCAGAAAAACCACAGCCGAUUAGCCAACAAGAAUGAAAGUUGGAUUUCGGAUACGUUGCACGGAUAUUCGCACGCCUCUCUGAAGAGAUUGCCCCGUUUCGGAUCACGUGUCUGCUGGAGAUUUGGUUUUUCUCGUCCUCCAUAUUUUUGCACCAAUUAUACAAAUGGCUCUCGACUUCUUUGCAGGAUGUGUCGGAGGAUGCUCCGGUGUGCUUGUCGGACACCCGUUGGACACAAUCAAGGUGCGCCUCCAGACGCAGGAUUUUCGCAAUCCUGUUUACAGGGGAACGUUUCACUGCUUCAAGACAAUCGUUGAAAAGGAAUCGGUAAGAGGUCUUUACAAAGGGAUGUCAUCCCCUCUGGCGGGGGUCGCCUUCGUCAACGCCAUCAUUUUCGGCGUGCAGGGCAACAUCCAGCGACGCCUCUCCGAGCCCGACUCGCUCAAGUCACAUUUCUUCGCGGGCGCCGCGGCCGGACUUUCGCAGAGUUGGGUGGCCAGUCCGCUCGAACUGGCCAAAACCAAAAUGCAGAUUCAGCAGGGCGACCGUCCCAAGUACCGCAACCCGCUGCACUGCCUGCGAGACGUGUUCCACCGCGAGGGGUGGCGCGGCGUGUUCCGCGGUCAACUGAUCACGGUUUACCGCGACGUGCCCGGCUUCAGCACCUACUUCCUGUCCUACGAGGCGAUCGCCAGGGCCAUGGCUGGCGACGACGGUUCGCACACGCUCGGCACAGCGGCCAUCCUCUUCGCCGGCGGCACCGCCGGCUGCAUUUCGUGGGUCGCGUGCUACCCCUUUGACGUCAUCAAGUCGCGCCUGCAGGCUGACAACAAGUACAAGGGCAUGGUGGACUGUUUCAAAGUGAGCUACCGGGACGAGGGUCUGCGUUUUUUGUCCCGCGGCCUCAGCUCGACGAUGAUCCGUUCGUUCCCAACGAACGCUGCCACCUUCGCGGCCGUCACUUGGGUGAUGCGUGCAGCGGGGGCGGUGGAGGCGCCUGCCUCCGACCACUUGUCCGCCUCCGAGUUCUUCGAGGAGAUCCGAAGAAUUCCUUUCGGCGCGGCGGCCUCGGCCGCGAUGCCCCUGUCGCACUUCAUGAACUUGCGGCUGGCCCGCGCCGAACGCGACAUGCCUUCGGUCAACGGCGAGGAGGGCGAAGAGGUCGCCAGGAACAUCGUCAUGUCCGCCGGCAACACGAUUCUGGGCACCCUUGGACGCCUCACCAUCAGAGAGGUCGAGAGCGCCAUCCUGUAAGGUCUGCCAACCUUCCAAAUCACUUUCAAAAGCAAUAAUUGAAUACUGGUGAAGAAGACUUUUUAGGCUCAAAUUUUGAAAUAAAAAUAUCAAAUAAGACUCUUAAAUAGAGAAAAAAUUGGUAAAAUUCUUAAAUUUCUAUUAAAAUAUUGCUAAAAGCACAAUCAAAUUAUAAAAGUCUCAAAAUAGUUAAAGUUCAAGUGCGCAAAAGGCAACAGAGUGCUUUCAGUUUCAAAUUUUUGAUCACAGUGAUACAAAUUAAUAAAAACCCAUUGUAACAAUGAGUUUUUAGCUCACUAAAAAGAAAAGCUAAUUGAUUAUUUUUUCACCAGUCUAGCAAUAAUUAUAAAAUUGGUUUAGCUGAUGUUACGGGUCUUUUGCUCAAGCGAUUUUCUCUCUCAGAAUCGCGUGUAGUUUUAAUUUUAUUGUAAAUAUUAAAUAUUUUUAUUUUCUUCCACGGAUAGUCAUGAACAAUCCAGAUGGAUUAAUGUAAUAGUGAUAAAUGAUAAAUCUAAAGACUGUGAUAAAACGGCGAAUUGACCUAGAAAUUGAGAAUGUGUAAUUCAUUUUAAUUGAAUUGUAUCGACACACAAUUGAUCGUCUGCCUAGCUAUAAAUAGGACGCAAAUCAAAAGAAGAGCAAACUAAUUUCUUGGAUUGUAAUUUGAAUUAUAUAAUAAAAAGAGGUAGCAGCUAAAUUUAUCAACUACGCAUCAGACGAGAUAAUCAGGUGGCAAUUAAAUUUCCAUCUUGCCGUUGUAAGAAGAAUAGGAGGAAUUCAAAAAUUUGUGAUUUUUUUAGAAAACAAAGUGCCAACAUUGCUUGUAAUCCAGAAAUCAGAAAAAGCGAGAUAUUUUUUUAUAUAUUUGUAAAUUACGUAAAAUAAAAUGUAAAUUUUUGUGACAUUUUAAAAUAAAAAAUUCCCAAUGCCAAAUCAAAUUAAACUACGUUUCUUUUCUU